UUACUGAGGCGAAAACACAGUAUGCACAUGCAUCAUCCACAUAGCAGCUGCAACACGAUCCAAAUUCAAAAUGCCACUACUUCCCCGCUCCCACUUUCACUCGAGUCCUUCCCACCCUAUCAAACACAUGCCACUAAAAACAGUAGCACACACCUCUGUUCCUCUUCACCCAGGCAAGGCCCGCAUCCGGGGAAGCGGGAAAGCAAGAAUGGCAGCGCCGAACUGCUGAUACCGUCCUCCCCGCCGCUAGAGCAGAAGAAAGAGGGUGUGUGGCUACGGUGCAUCGUACAUCGUAGCCUUGACCGCUUUUGGGUGAUAGUGAGAUAUUGA